AUGAAUCACGUUUUCAAGGAUCAACUGGGCAAGAACAUCGAGGUUUAUGUAGAUGACAUAGUCGUGAAAUCCAAGGGGAUCGAGGAUCACGCAGGGGAUUUGGCAGAAACUUUUGAAAAGCUGAAGGGUUUUAACCUCAAGCUGAACCCGGAAAAGUGUGUUUUUGCAGUCCGCUCUGGGAAAUUUCUAGGGCACCUCAUCUCGGAGAAAGGCAUCGAAGCGAACCCGGAGAAAAUUGAGGCAGUAAUGAAUAUGAAAGCCCCGAGCUCGUGGACAGAGGAGUGUAAUACAGCUUUUGAAGAGCUGAAAGUUUACCUUAGCACACCCCCGGUGCUAGGUAGACCUGAGCCAGGGGAAAUCUUAUAUUUGUAUCUCUCGGUGAAUGACGAGAAGGAAGAGAAGGUGGCGGCGGAAAAGCUAAGGAGAUAUUUCGAGGCUCACAUCAUUGUAGUACGUACAAACCAACCUCUGAGAAAGGCGCUGCAGAGGCCAGAGAUGUCGGGACGGCUGGUCAGCUGGUCGGUCCAGCUGGGAGGAUAUGACAUCCGGUAUGAACCGAGACCGGCUCUAAAAGCACAAGUAUUGGCAGAUUUCAUAGCCGAGACCACAGCAAGCGACCAGCCUGAGGAGCCUGAUGAACAACUUCUACAGUGGGUCUUAGAAGUCGAUGGGGCAUCAAAUCAGGAAGGAUCGGGGGCAGGCGUAGUCUUGAAAGGCCCUCACGGAGUUACACUCCGAAGCUCGGUGAAAUUCGAUUUCCCGGCAUCCAAUAAUGCCGCGGAGUAUGAGGCUCUGUUGAUCGGAUUAAGAAUGGUAAACGUGGUCAAGGCCGAGCACGUAACAAUAAGGAGUGAUUCUCAGUUAGUCGUUUGUCAAAUCUUGGGUACUUUUGAAGCUCAGGAUUCGGAAAUGAGAAGAUACGUGGACAGAGUCAAGUUCUUCUUGAACAAGAUUCAGGAGCUCGGAGCAAAAUGGGUGAUAGAGCAAGUUCCUCGUUUGGAAAAUCAAGAGGCCGAUGUACUAGCCAAAGCAGCAACAGUGAACGAAAAGAUACCGGGGGUCCAUUUCUCUGUUCAAAAACAUUCCAGCAUCGACAACCACGAAACCAUUUUCCUAACUCAGCCUUUGGAAAAUUGGAUGCAAGGCAUAGCCCACUAUCUGAUGGACGGAACUCUGCCAGAAAACAGAGAUAAAGCAUACAAAAUCUUGCGACAAGCCCCGUACUACGCGUUCCUCGACGGAAUCUUAUACAGGAAGUCAUUCACCCACCCGUGGUCGAGAUGCCUGACAGCAGAGGAAGGGGGGUAUGUUUUGAGGGAAAUACAUGAAGGGAUUUGUGGGGCACAUAUAGCUCCUCGCAUGUUGGCAAAGAAAGCAGUGUUGCAGGGAUACUACUGGCCCCUAAUGGUCAGACAGGCAGAAGAGAUAGUAAAGAAAUGUGAAAACUGUCAGAGGCAUCAGAACAUCCGACAUGCUCCCACCACAGAGCAGUGUCCUAUUACCAUGGCAGUAGAUCACUUCACAAAGUGGAUCGAGGUAGAGGCAGUGAGCACCAUCACAGAAGCUCGGAUCAGGGAUUUCUUCUGGAGGCAAAUUGUGUGUCGUUUCGGUAUACCCAGAGCAUUGGUAACUGAUAACGGAAAGCAGUUCAACUGCCGAGCAUUCAAGGAAUUUUGCAAUGACUUGCACAUUGACCUGCGUUUCACUUCGGUAGUUCACCCGCAAAGCAAUGGGAUGACCGAAGUAACCAACCGGACGAUCCUAAAAGGGCUUAAAGCCAGACUAGGGGAGUUCGAUAGACAGUGGCUGGAAGAGCUACCAAAGGUCAUAUGGGCUUACCGAACCACCCCAAGGGCAGGCACAGGAGACACCCCGUUUUCUUUGACAUAUGGGUGUGAGGCAAUGAUACCUGUAGAAAUCGGGAUGCCAACGCUAAGGGUCCAGUUCUUCGAUGAGGCUAAGAACGAGGAAGAACAGAAACUAUGCCUAGACCUGUUGGAAGAGCGAAGAGAGCAGUCAAAAUCGUCGAAAAAACAAAACAAGGCAGAAAAUUCAUUCAAGAAAACAACAUUGAGAUAA